CCUUAGUUUUCUUUACCUUUUUUCAACUCAGGAAACCAAGACUUAGACAACAACAAAAACCAUUGACAUUUUUCUUCUUGUUCUUCUUCAUCAUCAUCUUGUUCAUCGCUCAAAGGCAAGAAAGAGAAAAAAACAGGAAACAUGAUCAAUCUCCUCCAGUCUCUAAAAAGAUCGCUGGCUUAUGCAGUCUUAUGGAUGCUCUUUAUGAUUCUGGAUUGUGUUUUGUCAGUUAAUGAGCGUCACAAACACUGCGCUCCAACGUUUAGCUGUGGACAUAAGAUAGAUCUGUAUUAUCCCUUUUGGACAUCUGACAGAGAAGAGUGCGGCCACCCGGAUUUCAAAGUCAACUGCAGCGACGGUUUUGCAGAGCUUACCAUUUCCUCAGUAAAGUUGAGAAUCCUUGAGAUGAAUUCUAAGUCUAGAAUCAUCAGACUUGCCAGAAUGGAUUACAUCAACGAUCUUUGUCCCCAUAAGCCUGAGAACGCAACACUCAACAAUCAAGUCCUUCCAUUUUCUGAAGACACCGAGCUCCGAACGUUUUACUACCGAUGUCGUCUUAGCCCAAAAGUGGAUUUUACUAAAAGCGGCCACAUCAGACAGCUCCACUGUGGGGAUGAUACUGGUAGACAAAGUUUUUCUGUCUCGUCCCAUUUAUAUUCUCGGAAAAGGGAAAUCAUCAAUGAGUUAAGGGCAUCAUGUGGAAGUAUCGUCAAUGUUCCGGUCUCUCGAUCUGCCUUGAGGAUAGAAGAGAGAAAUCAGAGUGCGGAGGCUAUAGCGAAGGCUCUUGAAAAGGGUUUCGAGCUUAGUUUUAACAGAGAUUGUUCGCGAUGCAGAAGAUCAAAGGGUGCUUGUGGAUAUAAUAAUACCUUGGGAGGAUUCGUCUGCUAUUGUAUAAAUGAGCCUCAUAAGCAUACCUGUGAAAAGAAUGAAACCAACAAUAAUCUGACGGAGCUCCUGACUUUUUGUUUAUCACAAGGCAUUGGAUUCGUUUGUGGUUUCUUGGGUGCCACUCUUUUAGCAGCAUGUUUGCUCUGUUUCUACAUCCGGAGAAGGAAGAAACUGGCAGCACAAUACACAAACAAAGGUCUUUCAGCUACUCCUCCCACAUCAAUCUCCAGAAGCAACCAUGCUCUCAUGCCAUCUAUCUCUAACCUAGCAAACAGAAGUGUCGAUUAUGGAGUUCAAGUCUUCAGCUACGAAGAACUCGAGGAAGCCACUGAUCAUUUCUCUAGAGAGCUCGGAGAUGGAGGAUUCAGUACUGUCUACUACGGCAUACUAAAGGAUGGACGUGCCGUAGCUGUAAAACGCUUCUUUGAGAAGUCCCUGAAACGUGUGGAGCAGUUCAAGAACGAGAUCGAUAUCUUGAAAUCCUUAAAACACCCGAACCUAGUGAUUCUAUACGGAUGCACAACGAGACAUAGCAGAGAGCUACUUUUAGUGUAUGAAUACAUCUCUAAUGGCACACUCGCUGAUAAUCUCCAUGGAGACCAAGCACAGUCUCGUCCUAUUGACUGGCCUGGUCGGCUCAACAUCGCCAUUCAAACCGCGAGUGCAUUGUCCUUUCUCCAUGCCUCAGGAAUUAUACACAGAGAUGUUAAGACUACGAACAUUCUUCUAGAUAGCAACUACCAAGUCAAAGUGGCUGACUUCGGUCUCUCGCGGUUGUUUCCGCCGGAUCUAUCUCAUAUCUCUACUGGGCCGCAAGGAACUCCGGGGUACGUUGAUCCUGAGUAUUAUCAAUGUUAUCGUCUCAACGAGAAGAGCGAUGUGUACAGCUUCGGAGUCGUACUCUCGGAGCUGAUCUCAUCCAAAAAAGCAGUUGAUAUCACCAGAAGUCGCGAGGACAUCAACCUCGCGAACAUGGCUAUCUCCAAAAUAGGAAAUGACUCCGUUCACGAGCUGGCGGAUUUGUCUCUCGGAUUCGCGAGGGAUCCUUCAGUUAAUAGGAUGAUGAUUUCUGUUGCUGAGCUGGCGUUCCGCUGUUUGCAACAGGAGAGGGAGGCAAGGCCGUCCAUGGAUGAGGUCGUCAAGGUUCUGAGAGAGAUUCAGAAGGAAGGUGAAAGUGAUGCUCCUGAUGUGGUGGAGGUAGAUGUGAGGAGCGGAGAUGAAGCUGUGUUGUUAAAGCACGGUGUUCCUCCGGUGUUAUCGCCAGUGUCUGAGAAAGAGACGAGUGGUUCAAAUACGACGACGACGAGUAGUUCUAGUAGGACGAGGAAGAGUUCGUUCUGAGAGUGUACUAUGAGAGACCCUGGACCAAAGCGAGGGUUUGGUGUCAGUACAUGGAUAAAUCAUUUGCGAAUUUCACCUUUUUGACUCUUUUGUUGUUUAAUUUCCUCUUCUUUCUCUUUGUGAUUUUUGCAAAUAUUUAGUGGAGCUCGAAGGUUAUAAAAAAUUCAGAUCGUAGACA